AGAUUCCACCUAAAAUGCUUCGCACUCAACAUUUGAUUCAUAGUCUCCGUAACAUUCUACUCGUUGAAAGGAGUGUCAGGUUUCUCAGCACUACCAUUUCCACUUCUUCUUCUAUACUAGAUCUCUGCACAAAACCACAGCACCUUCAACAAAUCCAUGCGAGGUUCUUCCUCCAUGGGCUCCACCAAAACUCACCUCUUUCCUCCAAACUCAUUGACUGCUAUGCCAACUUUGGCCUCAUAAAUUUCUCUCUGAAAAUCUUCCAUUUCGCCAAAAAUCCGGAUUCAGUUCUUUAUGGCGCAGUCUUGAGGAACUUGUCCCAGUUUAGUGGACAUGAAAAAACUCUCCUUAUUUACAAGGAAAUGGUUGAGAAAUCAUUAUGCCCAGAUGAAGAGAGUUUCUUGUUUGUGUUGAGAUCUUGUUUUUCUCUGCCACAUGAACAAGGGAGGAUGGUUCAUGGGCAAAUAGUGAAACUGGGUUUGGAUUCAUUUGACUUGGUGUGCAACACUUUGAUUGAGUUGUAUGAUGAUAUGGGUGACCAUGAACCAGUUGAAAGAAACUAUCUAGUUGAAUUGAACUAUUGGAACAAGUUAAUUUCUGAGGCUUCUGAAAGUGGGAAAUUGGAUGAAAGCUUUCAACUUUUUAGCAAGAUGAUAAAAGGGAAUAUUCAGCCUAAUUCAUUUACUGUGAUUAAUUUGUUAAGGUUAGCCGUUAAUUUGAACUCAUUGAAGAUUGGACAAGCCCUCCAUUCUCUAGUUGUGAGAAAUUUGUGUGAAGAAUUGUCUGUGAAUACUGCAUUGUUGUUAAUGUAUGUCAAGUUAGGUAGUUUAGAAGAUGCAGAGUUGUUGUUCGAUAAAAUGCCGGAGAAGGAUCUUGUAGUCUGGAAUGUAAUGAUUUCAGCAUAUGCAGGAAAUGGGUACCCUAAGGAAUCCUUGGAACUCUUAUAUUGUAUGGUUAGAUUGAAGGUUAGACCUGACUUUUUUACAGCAAUCCCUGCAAUUUCUUCGAUCACACAAUUGAAGAAUUUCGAGUGUGGAAGGCAAAUACAUGCUCAUGUGAUAAGAAAUGGUUCAGAUUAUCAGGUUUCGGUUCAGAAUUCUCUUAUUGACAUGUAUUCUGCAUGCGACAACUUGAGUUCAUCCCAGAAGAUUUUUGACAAUAUGAUGGACAGGACAGUUGUAUCAUGGAGUGCACUGAUCAAAGGAUAUGCAAUGCAUGACCAGUGUCUUGAGGCUUUAUCGCUCUUCUUAAAGAUGAAGUUGAGUGGUACAAGAGUUGAUUUCAUUAUAGUCAUUAACAUCUUGCCAGCUUUUGCAAAAAUGGGGGUAUUGCAUUAUGUAAGAUACUUACAUGGAUACUCAUUGAAAGCCAGCAUUGAUUCACUCAAAUCCGUUAAGACUUCGUUUGUUAGUAGCUAUGCGAAAUGCGGCUGCAUAGUGAUGGCCAGAAAGCUAUUUGAUGAAGAGAAAAGCAGCCAUAAGGAUCUAAUUGCAUGGAACUCUAUGAUCAAUGCGUAUUCUAAACAUGGAGAGUGGUUUCGAUGUUUUCAGUUGUACAACCAAAUGAAACUGUCUAAUAUUAUUCCGGACAAAGUAACAUUUCUUGGCCUGCUCACAGCUUGUGUCAAUUCAGGCCUUGUUGAUAAAGGCAAGGAGAUUUUCAGAGAGAUGGUGGAAAUAUACGGUUACCAACCUAGCCAGGAACAUCAUGCCUGCAUGGUUGACCUACUAGGACGUGCUGGACAAAUUGACAAAGCGAGUGAAAUUAUAGAUGCUAUUCCCUUUAAGCCUGAUGCCAGGGUUUAUGGCCCGCUUUUGAGUGCCUGUAAGUUACACUCAGAGACCCAUUUUGCCGAAGUUGCUGCUCCGAAGCUUAUAAAUACUGAACCUAAAAAUGCAGGCAACUAUGUGUUGCUCUCAAAUAUAUAUGCCGCAGCAGGAAAGUGGGAAAAAGUUGCCGAAAUGAGGAGUUUUCUUAGAGAUAGAGGGCUAAAGAAGACACCUGGUUGUAGCUGGCUAGAAUUACACGGUCAGGUACACGAGUUUCAUACACUGCCAUUGAGGACUCUGGUCUAUGAAGAGAACCAUCUGUGCACAAAGCAGGGGACUCUGCUUGCACCACUUCAAGAAGUGUAA